AUGGGCGACACCGACUUGGAAUCACUAAGUUCAGCAAGCAUCUGUCAAGAUGAAAACAUCCUGCUUGAUUACGAAGAAAAGAUUAGAACUCUCGAAGACCGUCUUUUCGAAGAACAGUCUAAAAUCUCAGCCUUGCUUUCUGAAAAUACAUCGCUCAAGGAGAUAUUUAAGCAAGUUCUUGAGGACAAGAUCGCAGCAGAAAAUGAGCUGGACAUUUUGAAACUUGAAAACGAACGGGUCAAGUUUUCACUUAACGAAAAAGACGACGAAGUUGAAAAGCUCAAAAGUGACUCAGCCAGAGACGAUUCUAGAGAAAAGAUACUAGAGCUUGAAGAGGAGCUGGUAAAAGUCUACGGCAAACUUGUCGAAGUCAACGACGAAAGAGACUUUUUCAAAAAUCUCUUCGAGUCGCUUUCAACUGAAAAAUCUUCUGAAAACUCGAAAGAUGCUCUGAAUCAAAAAGAAUUGAAACUUGUGACUGAAAAAUUCGAAGAGCAAAAAGAGCUAGCCUUCAAUCGUUCAGAAAAUUUGGAGAAAAUAUCAGUAGAAGCAGAGAGCCUACGGAAAGAGAACAAAAAUCUUAAGAGAAUUUCAUUCGAAAGCAAAAUGUUGCUCAAUCAACUGGGCAGAGAAAACGCAGAACUAAAGGACAAUAUCAGACAAAAUCAAGAGAAUCUCCUCGUUUUAAAGUCAACACAGCAAAAUUGUGCAAAACUCGAGUCUGAAAUUCAAAUCAAAAACGAAAACAUCAAAAAUCUAUUAGAUGAAAGUCAUCUAGUAAAAUCUAAAAUGCAAAAAAUUGAGCAAGAACUCGAAGAACUAAAAGAAGAAAGAGAGCAAUUUUGCGAGAACUUCGAAAUGGCGAAAAAUGACCUGCUGAUUUGCCGGAGAAGACUCAAUAAUAGAGAAGAAACAAUUCUGGUCCAAAAUUUAAAGAUUGAUGCUCUUGAGGACAUCGUUCGGAGAUUUCCAGCACCUAAAUCUAAAUUUACCGUCAGUUCUCAAACACCUAUCAAUCAACUAGUCGACUCAGAAGUGCAAACUGAAACAAAUGCUUGCGAAGAUCAAGAUUUUCUUCCACCUGAAAUUCAUUUUCAACUUCCAGAUCAACUCGAAGAAGACUUUGCUGAGUAUCACGAGUACCCAGAAGAACACUUUAUAGAAGAGGACGAAUUCUCACAAGCAGCUGAAUCUCAAGAGUCACCACCAUUGCAAAUGUCGAGCAUCGAAGAAAGCAUUCAACAGUACUUUGAUGAAUUUUGCGCUCCUGUUUCUCAAGAGCAGGAUAGAGGAUAUCUACUUUCAAAUCGAAAUAUUGCUAGCAGUAGGUCCUCAUCGCGUAUAUCUGGGUCAACCCUGUGCUCCACCUCUGAAAUGAAAGAGGAAGAAAGAAAAUACCGUCGGAAGAUUCGACAACUGGAAGUUGCUUUCAACAAAGCUAUGAGUUCGAAAAGACGAAAAGCAGAGAAACUUCAAGCUUUGGAACACCGUCUUCUUUCAAUUGCUCAAAAUGACGAGAAGCUCAAGUUGGAGCUUGAAAAGUCACGUGAUCAACUUCAUGCAUUAGAGAUUUCUUCCGCCGUUAAAAUUGAGUCAGUUCUGAAUUCAAAAAGGGUGGAAAUUGAAAAGAUGCGAAAGCAGCACUACGAAGAUAGAAGUAGACUUUUUCAGGCUGAAAAACAUGCCUCAAGAUUAUUGCGAAGAGCCAAAGAUGCAGAGGAAAAAGUGGAAAAGUUCAAAAAUCGAAAUAACGCUGAAAAAUCAGACAUUCUUUCAGAGAAGCUUUCCUGCUUUCGUGCAAAACUUAAACUACUCGAUCGUCAAGUGGAAAGCUUCUCGACACCGAAGAAUUCUCUUCCUUGA